AGCUGCUAGCUAACCUGCAAGUCCUGCGAAAGUUGAUGCAGGACAAGAAUGAUGAACAUCCCAGCUAUCGACCACAACUGAACUUGGAUUGGCAUACAGAUGGGAUACGGAGUCCAUAGGUCAGAGAUAGCGCCCGGCCCAGUGUACACCCGUGCGUGCCCUGCAGUGAACGUACAGGCCUCAGAUGGACUCAUCCCAGAUGAGAGAGGACGUAAGCGGUGCAGAGGGAACAGGGGUCUUUACCGACCCCGUGGCUCCCUCCCCCCUCCCCCUCGCCUCCCCCCACCUGGCCCUCUCAGAGCGCGAGUUGUCGUGCCACUGUUGCUAUGACAUCCUGGUGAACCCCACCACGCUGACGUGUGGGCACAGCUUCUGCCGCCACUGCCUGGCGCUGUGGUGGGACUCCUCCCACAAGACAGAGUGCCCCGAGUGCAGAGAGAAGUGGGAGGGCUUCCCCAAAAUCAACAUCCUGUUGAGGGACGCGGCUGACAAGCUGUUCUCAGAGGUGGUGGAGAGGAGACGAGCAGAGAUACAGAACAACCCCAAGAUCUCCCAGAGCCUCCUGGCCUUCCAGAGGUAUGGAGAGGAGCAGGCCUCCAGAAGCGUCCCCAGGAGCAGCCAGCCCAGAGGAGCCGGGGGGUUCUUCUCUGGAGUCCUCACUGCACUCUCAUGUGUGGCUGUGCUGUUGCUGGGCUACCACUGGAGCAGUGGGGAGGGGGAAGGGGAGGAGCUGGUUGCUAAGGCCAUCUCUAGGUGGAGCCCAGAGGAGGUGCAGGAGUGGAUGCAGCACCUGGGGCCCUGGGCCCAGCUCUACACACACCGCUUCCUGGAGGCUGACGUCAACGGGAGGUUGUUGCUGAUGCUGGGUGACGAGGAGCUGGCCCUGCCCCCCUACAGCAUAGAGAACCAGGCCCACAGGGGGGCCAUACUGGCGGAGCUGGAGAGGGUCAGGGCCCUGGGGGGAAAACCUCCACAGAACCUCUGGGAGUACAAGGCGGUGAAUGCAGGUAAAUCUUUGUUCCUGCUGUACGCUCUGAAGAGCUCUCCCCGCCUCACCCUCCUCUACCUCUACCUGUUUGACUACCUGGACUCCUUCCUGCCCUUCCUGCACACCUGCUGCCCCACCCUCUCACACAACAGCCAGCCAAUGGACGACAGCCUCAACAAACAGGCACAACCUAGCUGGAGCCAGUGGGCGGAGUUUCUGGUGAAGUACUUCCUGCUUCCGUACCAGCUGAUUGCUGAGUUUGCGUGGGAUUGGCUUUCAGUGCACUACUGGACGUCCCGCUUCAUCAUUGUGAACGCCAUGCUGCUGUCUGUCCUGGAAGGAUGCUCCCUGUACCGUGUGUGGACCCGCGCACUGAUCAGGGGCCUUCCAAGGUGCAUGUGGGCUCACCUUUGGAGGACGCUGUCCCAGGGCCUGGCCUUCGCCCUGCUGUGGCCCGCCACGCCGCGCUUCAUCUGCAACUGCAUGUUCUACUGGGGCCUCUACUUCAACGUCAUCAUCAACAUAGACCUGGUGGCUCAGCAGCUACUGCACCCGGACACACACGCCAUCUGACACACACUAACACACACACACACACAAACACACACAUGCCAUCUGACUCACACACACACACACACCAUCUGACACACACAUGUUGUCUGAGACACACACACACACAGACCAUCUAGUGCAGCCUGGCCCAGGCUGGGACUGAAACUCCAGUCGGUAUGACGAUGAUGGAGUCGGCAGCAACGACAGCUGGACGCUCUGCGGGACGCUCUGUGGGGUCUGAUGUCAGAACUGUCCAGACUCUCUGGAGAGAAGUAUGUCUGCGAGGUCAGACUGAGACCUCUGUUGUCUUCAAACAGGCUGUGAGGAGCGAGGAUCAUCUGUAGAGCUAAUCUCUUUCUACCUCUGUCACACACUCUCACUUUCACAUUUACUCUCUAUCUCUCUGUACCUCACUCACACUCUCCCAAUCUCUCUUUCUGUCACUACCUCUCUCCCAAUCUUUUAUUGAUGUGGUGAAUGUGUGAAUAAGGAAGCGACAGGGCAGGGUGUGUCGCUAGAGGCGGUUGCCUCUAGGGUGUGUUGGUUGCAAUCUUUGCUCUUGGGUUAAGGACAAAUUUAUUUUCUGCAACCAACCAGGAGCAGUGGCAUCUGUUUCACUUCCUGUUGACUUCCUGUUGUGCCAAGCAAAGCCUUUCUAUUGGCUCAAACCACUUCUUCUUCUCAUCCUCAUAUCUGUCUUCUUCUGUCCUUCUAGUCCUCAUAUUUCUGUCUUUUGUUUUAACCGUUCCAUGAGAUUCUCCCAGUGCAUCUUAAAGGGUGUUUUUCUCUUAAAUAAAAGGCCAGGUAAAGAGGAAUACUCUGGAAGGAAGAUCUGGAUCUUUAAGUUUUCAGUUUAAGGUUAAAUAAUUUGUCUCGCUUGUCCAUUUGUUUACCAUGGAAGGGAUGCUGGUGCACUUGGCCCAGGGGAUUGUGCUCACCUGGGUUAGGACUGCUCCUCUGUACAACAUGGUAUAGGGCUAGUGUGCUUGUUUGUAACUAAUGUUCCUGGCCAUAUUCUUUUUUUAAUCGUUAAAGAAAAUCUUCUGUCAGUGUGCAAUAUACUGGUCAAAUUGUUGGGUUGUAGUUGUGUGUUAAUAUGAUUAAUAUUUGAUUAAAUUAAAUCUUUAUUUUUUACAUUUUGAUUAAAUGUUGCACUUGAAAGGAAUUCUAGAACUUUCUGCGCUGGUAUUCUGUUCUCUAAGAUGAAAACAUGCCAAUAAAGUUUUUAUUUAAGAUUA